AUGAUGUCACCAACAAUUCCUGCACGAAUAGAAAGACCCUCUACGAGGCAUUUCAAGCACCAUCGCAUGAUUAUUGUCAAAAAUUUGUACAACGAUGGCUGGCUGAAUUCACAUUUCCAUGAGAUUCUGCAACUUCAGGAUGCAGACAAUCCCGCGUUUGUGAGGGAAAUUCUCUCAUUAUACGUGAGUGAUUCACGGAGACUGAUCAAUCUGAUGAAUCGUCCACUGGGCAUGGAUACGGUCAAUUACAAGGAAAUUAGCGUCCACGUUCGAGGACUUCUCGGCAGCAGUUUAGACAUCGGGGCAGAAAGAAUUUCUAAGGCCUGUUUACGCUUGUUCAAUGGCACUAAAGCCGAGAACAAGGAGGAAACCGUGCUGGCCUUGAAGCAGUUGACGUCGGAGUUCAACAAAAUGAAACCGAAGCUUGAGCAUCUUGUUCAGAUGGAGCGACUCAUUCUUCAGUCUGUACUAUAUCGGGGUUGGAAUGAUGGACAUGAGAGCUCGCAAAUUGGAUGUGAGACCAAAAGAAGCCGUGAGGCAUGA